AAGGCGGCCUGAUCAAAGUUCCAUUUCUUAUUUUCUCAGCGUUCACAAAAAUAUCCCGCAGAGCAGAUUCACAGAGCCAACUUCCCCGGUCCCUGUGCCAGUUGCACAGUUUCCACGUUCGCACCACUUGUUCGACUAAAUUACUCAAAGAGCUAUUCAACAAAAAAGGAAAAAAAAAAUUCUCGUUUGCAUUCAUCAAAACUAUGACUUAAUUAUAUUUACAGAAAAAUAUUCAGUGUGUGAUCUAAUCCAGAGGGCAGCUUCAAUCAUGGAUUCUCUCCCCUCAGUUUUUUCUACCAUAGUUCUCCCUCCCAGUAAUUCCCUCCAUCUACGACGUCGUUUACUCCCUGCCGCCUCUUUUUUCUACGCUCAUAACCAUCAUCUUCUUCCUCGCCGUUCCUCUUUGUUUGCUUUCUCGUAUUUUUCUGGUUCUUCGAGGAGGAAGAGUAGAUGGAGACAAAUUUCGUGUAAAUUGAGCGUUGAUGGAGCUAAACAUCCGGAUGAAUCUGAAGAAGAUGAUGGGCGAGAGGAUGUGGAGAGGGCGCUUCACUUGGACGGCGCCAUUCCUGGGACUUCGAAUGAGUUCGUCAAUCAGGUGUCUUCUCGUGCUUACGAUAUGCGGAGAUAUCUUCAACAAUCGUUUGAUAGCAGCAGCAAUGACGUAUUGGAGGCCAACCCAUGCGGAGAAGCCUCAUAGCCUGUAUAUGUACGAACCCACAGAGAAAACUCAAAGAAAUCGCAGCGAGGUUAAAAGGGAGUGUGGGCUGCUAUUUCCCUAUGGAGGAAAGUGGAGGCCUGAAAUGGGAAAUCAAGCUAAACAGUCCAGAAUGGGGACAAAGUUCCAGAUUAUUGUGGAAGAUAUUAGGGAGGGCGUGCUUGUAAGUGUUUAUUUCUAUUAGUUGCUUCUUGACUUGGGUUUUCGUAGUAAUGCAAUAUAUUUGAAGGUGAAUACAUGAAUAAGGCAAGCACCAUAUUUUUUAUGUGGGUGUGUGCUUGCUUGUUUUGCUGGAUGUAUGAGUUAUUUUUCCCCCUUUCUUGUAUGUGUGUUGGGGGGUUGGUGGGGGAGAGGCGCAGAGAGCAUAAACGAGUUUUUUUCUUUUGCAAUAUAACACCAAGCAGGAGGGCCACAUUGCAGAAGCAGGAAGCUAAUAGAAAAACUGACUCUGAACAGCUAAGUUGACUCCUGCCUAGUACAGAUGGACUUGUAGAAAUCGUCAAGAAUUAUUUUUACUGUUGGUCCACCUAAAAUCCCAUGCUUAAUGUCAUCCACUAUGUUUCUAAA